CUCCAACAAUUGCCUCAUCAGAGCUACAUCAAGCGUCAGAACGAAGAUUGGGCUGGAGUGACUAAUCCAAAGGAGAGAAAACGGUUACAGAACCGAUUGAACCAGAGGAUUUGGCGCCAGAGGAAACUGAAAAAAGGCGCCAAAGAUGGGGCCACCGAAGGAGUCACAGAUGCCGGGAAAAGAGGCAUGAAUGAACAACUCACCCCGACUACUGCACAUCAACGACGUGCUAUGCUUGAGCGGUUUGCUCUGGACGCACUGCACAAUUAUAUGACCAACCAGCCUAAUACGGAUCAGCUCAUGAGAGUAAUCCAACUGAAUACCAUCAAUGCAUUGACAUCAAACGCCACAGCCCUGAAACUACAAGUUGAUUGGCUCGUGUGUCAUGCUAUCUCGCCCUUUGGAUUCAUAGGUCCGGCGAAGGCUGCAGAUCUCGCUGCCUCCUCCACCGGCCCGACGUCGUUGAUUCCGACAGACCUCCAACGGAGGAUCCCGCAUCACCCUUGGAUUGAUCUGUUCCCGCUGGCGAGGCUGCGAGAUAGUUUAUUGGUGGCUACAUGUGUGUCAAAUAUGUUGACUGAUGACGACGAAGAACAGCUGUGGGCCGAUCUUGUGGAAUGGGGUGGCAAUGGUACGGAAGGGGCUGGCUUUAUUAUCUGGGGCGAACCAUCGGAUCCUCAGAAUUGGGAGGCAACAGUGCCGUUUCUUAGAAGAUGGGGGUGGCUUUUACAAGGCUGCAGCGAGAUUCUCGAAGCGACGAAUUACUGGCGACAGCUUAGAGGUGAGAGACGCCUUCACUUUUAA